CUUUUCUGCACCUGUCAAACGGUCCUAUCAACAAACGAGGUAGCUGGUUCAAAAUCGUCAUUCAAACUAACUUGCCCCAACACAUACGACGCAGUAUCCGCUUUCCGUAAACGUGAACAGAUUUACUGAAAUAUAUCCGUCCUGCUGAUAGUCCGGGAGCAGACGGAUCAUGUCGAACACAUCGGUUCGCCCAAUUCCCACGCUGAAGGGCAUGUUUGCGGUGCCGCGCGUCACACAGUCGCGAAACUUCCUCAAGGAAAACAAGGUUAGUCUCCGUUCGCUGGAGAAGACCACCAGCCAAAAGUUGGCAGCUAAGGAGCCAGUGCGUCCCAAAUGGAUGCCACCGCUCCGAAGGACAGCUUCUGAGGUGCGGGAUCCAAAAGGAAACAGAGCUCAGGCAACGAAAAAGUCGGUUCCGGGGACAGUUCAGCAUACUAGCAAAAGCUCCCGGUCCAAUAACCAUCUGGCUAUCGCGAUUCCAACAGAAGGCGAGCGCUUUGAUGGGCUAGAGGAUAGGGAUCCGCUUUUCUAUGCUCCCUCGGAGCCGGUGGAGGCAGAAAACCUCCUGGACUCUGGAUCUGAGCGUUCGUCAGAGCGCUGUCAGUCAUGCGGCACUCAUCGCAGCUCUACCAGUAUUGGCAUUCAAACCGAGGACAUCAGAGAUGAACAAUACUUAACUAAUGCUCUCAAAAGAUGCAAUUUUGAUGGAAGAUCUGUUUUUGAGGACUCUUCUCAAAAAUACGGGGAAGAUGAUGGGAACUUUGGCUAUGAAGGCUAUGGCUAUGAUAACGAGCAGCAGCUGGAGCAAUUACCACUGUCAGGUCGCUCAAACGGCUCGAAGGAUAACCGAUUUCAAAUGUCAGAGGCCCUGGAAACCAUGCCAAUGCGCCAGGUUGACCCAAGGGAGGAAGGUGGCUCGGACGAGGAGGCCCCACUUAGCGCUCGCAGUCGCGUAACUAUGGCCUCAAACGUCACUACCACAACUACAAAGUCCAAGCGCCGCGAACACAAAUUGGGAUCUCGUGAUGAAUUACGUUUGCCAAAGUACUUGGAGAAAGAAAAACGCGAACGGGCAGAGGCUAAGCAACGCGCAGAGUCCCGUGAUCCUGAUUGUCCCCGUGGACAUAUUUUGCUCACUGACCAGGAACGCUUGAGCUAUCUCACGGGUGCUCAAAAACGCUAUGAACACCUCGUCAACGAACUAAAUCACAUGCCUAUGACUGCUCAGACUUUGCGUGUCCGCAGUCGCAAGGCGGAGAUCGACAAGGAACUGGCCACCGUGGAGGAAGAGAUUCGCAUUUACUCCAAGGCAAAGGUCUACGUAAUGCCAAAUAGGUCCCGCCAGCUUUAAAAUUCUUAAAAUAUUGAUACAUUUGACUGACUUAGAUGCUACGAUUUUCGAAAAACGAGCGUGCCUUAAGAGACUUGACUUGCGUUAGUUAUAUAUAUUUUUUAGCUGAGCUUGGGAACACGGGCUACCUAGCUAGUCACUGCCUCUUUAAAACCGAGUGUUCCCAGCAGCCAGCCAAAGCAGUUACAUAUUAAAUGCCGUCAACCGUA